AUGGAGGAGUUAGCAAGAAAGAAAAGAGUACGAGCAGGACGAGCAGGUCAUCGCGGUGCAAAACUGCGGUGCAAAACUGCACAAGCAAAACUGGUUGGUAGUAAGUCGGGACGAGUAAGGUUUUUGUUGGAUUCUGGGAGUCAGAGAUCAUUUGUUACUGAAAGGACGGCUAAAGCGUUGGGAUGUAAAGUCGUUCGUGAAGAAAAUCUGAGAAUAGGAACGUUUGGGAAAAGGGCUUUAGAGAACGAGUUGAGAAGGGUUGUGCGAUUGGAUUUGAGUUCGUUGUCGGGUGGUGAAGUCGUAUCUAUCGAGGCAUAUGUUGUACCAGAAAUAUCAGUAAUUAGUAAUCAACAUUUGGAGAAAGGUCGUAUUAUGCGAGGAAAGCAGGGGGAGCCUGUGGCUAUCGAGACGGUGCUUGGAUGGGUAGUUUCAGGGCCGGUUGGAAGCACGGAUAAGAAUCAACCCGCCACUGCUCAGGCCCAAGAAGAGUUAGGCAUCAUAGAGAGGGUAGGAAAAGAUAGUGUGAUUAAUUCUCAUGCCAAAAUACAUUACAUGCCUCAUCAAGCUGUCGUGCGAAAGGAUGCCAAGACGACAAAGGUUAGAGUGGUUUAUGACGCAAGCGCUAAAGUACUCAAGUCAAGUGUCUCUUUGAAUGAUUGUUUGCAUAUCGGACCUUCACUUAAUCCACUUUUGUUUGAUAUUCUGCUUAGGUUCCGUGAGCAAAGAAUAGCGCUAAUAGCGGACAUAGAGAAGGCCUUCCUAAACAUUGAAGUGCACGAAAGGGAUCGAGAUAGCCUAAGGUUUUUGUGGGUAGAUGAUGUACUGCGCAACAAUUUGAAUCUUGUAGUUUACCGUUUUUGUAGAGUCAUAUUUGGGGUGAAUUCGUCACCAUUUUUGCUUAAUUCGACGUUAAGGCAUCAUAUCAGCAAAUAUUUACAGUGCGAUAGGGAAUUUUCAGAAAAACUGCUAAAAAGCUUUUACGUGGACGAUCUUGCCAGCGGUGAAUCUAGUACAGAGCGAGCGUAUCAGCUAUAUCGUAAGGCCAACGAACGCAUGAAUGAAGGCGGAUUUAAGUUACGCAAAUGGCGGACUAAUGAUAGUGCGUUAAGAUCGCAAAUUGAAGAAGAUGUGCGUGACGUGGAAAGUAGUUGCGUUGAUGAGCAAACGUAUGCGAAAACCACGCUUGCUCAAGUACAGGGUCAAUUUGGUAAAGUAUUAGGGUUGGAAUGGGAUAGCGUCGGGGACGUAAUAAUAUUCGAUUUCGAAAAUUUGAGUGCGAAAGCGGAAAACACGGAACCGACGAAGAGAAAUGUGUUGAGUCUGUUAGCUUGUAUCUUCGAUCCAUUAGGGCUCUUGAGUCCUACGAUUGUUAAAGCUAAAAUUCUCUUUCAAGAUAUUUGUUACAGUGGCGUGGAUUGGGACGAUACAUUGCCUAAAAGUGUGAAAGAGAAGUGGGAGAAGUGGUUGAGAGAUCUAAAGGAGGUAAAGAGUGUUUCAAUAGGCAGGUACUCGAGCGGCGUGACUGACACAUCUGGCUCAGAAUCAAAGCAGAGAUAUUUUUUGCAUGGAUUUGGGGAUGCGUCAAAGCGAGCUUAUUGUGCGGUUGUGUAUCUAGUAGUUUUGAACGGUAACGAUGUUCGUGUUAAGUUGAUUGCCAGCAAAACAAGAGUAGCCCCGAUGAAAGAACUUAGUAUUCCGCGGUUAGAAUUAAUGGCAGCUAGAAUAUUGGCUCAUUUAAUGUCUGCAGUCAGGAAAGCGUUAGAGUCAGAGUAUAAUUUUGAAGGUGUUAAGUAUUGGACUGAUAGUAUGACUGUUUUGUAUUGGAUAGUCAACUCAGGCAAUUGGAAGCAAUUUGUACAGCAUAGAGUUGACGAAAUAUUAAGGCUUAGUUCAAAAACAGAGUGGAGUCAUUGUCCAGGUAAGGAAAACCCUGCAGAUUUAGGGUCGCGAGGGGUCUUGAUGACUGAGUUAAAGAACGCGGAGGCUUGGUGGUCAGGACCGUCUUGGUUGCGGGGUAGUCCAAGGCAUUAUCCUAUGGUGAAGGAGAUAGUUCCCACAGUAGACAGCAAGGUUGAAGAGAAAAGGUCAUUUGUUGUUAACCUAAUCACAAGUGCAAGGUCAUUGUUUGGAAUUGGCAAUGUCAUUAGCAUAAGUAAAUACAGCACACUUACACGGCUGUUAAGAGUUACUGCGUGGGUGAAGAGAUUCGUCUAUAAUUUGAAACAAAAAAGACUAGGAUUAGAAAUUUUUACCGGACCAAUAAAAGCGAGCGAAAUGAAUGAUGGAGAAUGCGAGUGGAUAAAGUCAGCCCAGCUAGAGUUACGAGAGCAACCCGAGUUUAAGCAGUUAGAAAGACAGUACGGACUGAUAGAAAUGAACAGGAUACUGCAUUGUACGGGAAGAUUGGGUGAAUCAGAUUUGGAGGCAGAAGCUAGAGAGCCGAUUGUUUUGCCUAGGAGACAGUAUUUCACAGAGCUAGUGAUUAGGCAGUGUCAUGAAUCUGUUAUGCAUGGGGGAGUUCGGAGCACGUUGGCGCAACUGAGGUCGAAGUAUUGGGUACCCAAGGGCAGACAGGAAGUUAAGAGAGUGAGCGGUGGAUGUGUAGCUUGUAAACGAUGGAACAGUAAGCCGUGUACACAAAUAAAGCAAGCAGCGUUACCAGAGUUUAGGGUUAGGAGAGCCGCACCAUUUGAAAAUUCAGGCGUAGAUUUUGCAGGACCUUUGUACGUAAAACAAAGAAGAUUUUUUGCAAGGUUUGGAACACCGAAACUUAUUGUUUCUGACAACGCCAAAACAUUUAAAGCCGCAAAAAAGACGUUGCGCGACUUAUUUCAAUGCGAAGAAGUAGAUAAUUGCCUUAGCGCUAAGAACAUUGAGUGGCGAUUUAACCUAGAGAGGGCCCCAUGGUGGGGAGGGUUUUUCGAAAGGAUGAUAGGGCUAGUGAAAGUCUGUUUAAGGAAAGUUUUGGGCAAUGCAAAACUUACUUUCGACGAACUGACAACUGUUCUAGCUGAAGCUGAAGCUAAAUUGAAUUCUAGACCCUUAACGUAUGAGUACGAGGAAGUGAAUAGUGAAGUACUUACUCCUGCACAUUUAGUCUAUGGUAGGCGCAUCGUGACAUUACCCGAUAGCAAGGACUCAAAAAUUAAUGAUUUAGGACUAGAAUAA